AUGACUUCGUACUCUAGCACGUUCCCCAAUGCGAAGGUGAAGGCGUUGACUUCCAUCAGCGCUGCUGCUCCCACCACCUCAGGCAUUGAUUCGUGCAGCUUUGAGGUCGUUGCCGGUGAUUACGUGCCCAAUGCCCAGAGGGAGACGGGCUACCGCCCUGGACCGUACUCGCCGAAGCCACUCUUCUCCGACCCAAACGCCAGCACGCGGCUUCCGCCGUUUCACCAAGAGGAGGAGUGGGGCCAGCUGGGAAGCACGCACGCAGCAAGCGGUGGUAUCCCUGGUACCCAAGGUCGUUUCCACCCACACGGCUUCUCUCCUGUGUCGGAUGCCCCCAGCUACGACGUGCUGCCCUUGAAUAACUGCAGCCCACCUCUGCCGCCGCCACCACCGCCGCCGAUCAACGUGGGGAUGGACGGUCUUCUGCAGACACGCAGUGAUGGCGGUGUGAACCCGUACACGUACCGCGGCCCAAACGUCGACUACACAAGCCGCAAGCAGAACCGACUUCACCAGGAUUUCAAGGCCCUCCCGAAAGAGGAGCGUCAGCGUCUGGUGGAGCGUGAGGCGGCAACGUCUGACUUGCUGGCUCGAACGGUGCACCUGCGCUUCUUGCCAUUGACGAUGCUGCAGAGCGAGCUGGGGGCGAUCUGCACUGAGUGCGGCGAGUACCUGCGCGUCCGCAUCUGCGGCAAUUCAACGAACAACCAAAACUGGAUCUACGGCUUUGUUGAGUUCUCUACCACGGCGGGCGCCGAGGCGAUGAUGCGGCGCAGCGGUAUGGAACUCAACAACGGACCAGGUCGCCCGCCACUGCGGCUCAAGUGCAAUAGCGCAAAGCAGCCUAUUGUGGAUCGUGUCUUCCAUGAUGCCGACCCCGCGACUGGCACCCCGUGCAUCUUCGGCCUCGGGAACUUUGCCAAGCGCACCCUCGGCGACGCCCUCGAGAGCUACUACAACCUCAAGGAGAAGGAGGCACAGCAGUUGCAGGACCCAUCGACAACCCCGUUCACCACGAGUGUUUCUCCAAACUUGGCCGCUGCUGUGGCUCGGGCGCCAGUUCGACUGAGCCCCCAUGCGCGUGCCUUUCAGCCGUCCUCGUCGCCGCUGCUGGGGGCGGAGUUCCUUCCUGGGGUUCAUCACGCUGCUACUGGCACCCCGGCAGGUAGGCCCAGUGGCGACCACUGGACCUCUUCUCCACUUCCCGCUGUCGUUGCAGCACUCAAGGCCGAGUCGGAUGCUGCAAGCACGGACUCUGCAACGGGUGUGAUUUCGACCGUCACGAAGCACUACACCUCUGGCACGCAAGACCCGUCGCCGUCGUUGAGCACACCGCCUCGCGUAAUGCAGGUGCCAAACCAGGGCUGGUCCACUCUCGACACGGCAGCCUACAGCAGCGGAGCUCUCCCCAACGCGAUGCCCGGCCAACCUGUGACCUCCAAGUCGGCAGCACUGUGGCGUUGCGCAUCCGCCGGCGCUAACGCGGUCGUGACCCCACAUGAGACAAUUGCCUUGGCACCCUCUGUGUCCUCGGACCGUGCCAGCAGCGUCUUGCCUGACUUCCUGCUGCCCCCAUCGAACGCUGCGGCGUUUCCCACGCACACAGACUUGGCCGGAAACGAGCUCUCUCUGGCACUGCAAAACAUGAUGUUGACCGGGUCUGCCACAGACGGUGACGAGGUUCUCGAGCGCGGACGGGAGCUAACGCUGCGGGCUAUCGGCCAGGCCCACUGCUUCUUGAACUCACAGCAGGGUUUCUACGACGCCAUGGGUACCCUCCGCUCGCUGGUGGAGCUGCUGGACUGUCAUGCGGCGGUGACGGGUAGCGCAGUGGCGACGGGGGCUGGCGACCACACUGCUGAGCUCCCCCAACGCGCGACGCAGCUGCGUCUACUCGCCAAUCUUAUGAUGGCGCUGCUGUACAUGAUGAAGCGCAACCUCAGCGACGCGCUCCCAUACAUCCACGCUGUGGUAAUGAGCUGCAACGAAAUCCCUGUCGUGUGCCUGUGGAAGACGCAGCAGCAGCAGCAGCAGCAGCAGCAGCCGUCGCAGCAAAAUGUGAACGGUGGAAAGUUGGAGAGGCUCAGUGACAGACAGCAAUUGCAGGGGUUGGCUGUUGGCGACGGCUUGUACGACAAGACGGCGGAGACGGGCGGCUACGGCUGCUUUGGCGCUCCGUCCAGCUUCCUGGAGGCUGUGCUGGAGAGCAUCCGAGAGGAGGAGAACGGGCACGAAGAGGGGUCUAAGAGCGCCUCAGCGAGCAACAGCAACAACGGCGACACCGCGAGCACCUCGUCUUCUGAGGUGCAGGCACUACUUCGGCGCGAUCAGAACUUCCAUCGCUACGUGCUGAAUGUGCUCGUGGCGAUUGGCCUCUCGAUGGAGGAGGUGCAGCCCGUGAUCACGCGGAGCACGUACGCCUUGGCGGCUGGUCGCGCGCGUGAUAUACUAGGCACGGCCUCUGCAGACCUGGACGAAUGCCUUGAGUCGACAACUCCGAAUCCGCACCUGUGCGAUCGGCUCUACGGUCCUGUACCAAACACCAACAACAGCACCGGCAGCAGCAAGCGCGAUAUCACCUUUUUCCCACGAGUCUUCUUCACGACGGCGGAAGCGAUGCGUCAGGAGGUGCUUCGCAUGGCGGACACGGAGGUGUUUUGGCAGCGCUUGCCACCGAAACAGUGCGUGCAGUGCUACGCCGAGUAA